AUGGAUAUAGAUUUAGUUCGUAAUGAUCAGCUAUUUUGUGAAAUGGAUUUUUUAAAAAUAACUAUUACUUUUUUAAUAGGAAUUAUAACUUUUACCAUUAUUGUUAUUUAUUGUCUACAAUGCCGUUUGAUUUAUUUAUCAUGGGUGCCUUUGAAUUCUCGUAGCUGGGUAGGAAGACCAGAUUCUUAUCAGAUUCCAUACGAAGAUCUUACAUUAUCUACUCCUGACGGCGUCACUCUUCAUGCAUAUCUUUCUAUUUAUGACAAUUCACAUUGCACUUUUAUUUAUUUUCAUGCUAAUGCAGGCAAUAUGGGACACCGUCUUCCCAUAGUCAAGCGUCUUUAUUAUGAUCUUCAAUGCAAUGUUUUGAUUUUUUCUUAUCGAGGAUAUGGAUAUAGCACUGGAACUCCUUCUGAAAACGGUAUUAUAAUUGAUUCUUUAACUAUUCUUGACUAUGUUUUCCGACAUCCAAUACUUUCAAAAACUCCAAUUGUUGCAUAUGGUCAAUCUCUUGGUGGUGCUGUUGCUAUACAAAGUGUUUUUACUAGUCAAGACAAAUAUUCGGGGCUUAUUCUUGAAAAUACAUUCCUUUCUAUACCUAAGCUUAUGUUAGACACAAUGCCUUAUAUGGCUUUAUUCAGAGGGCUUUGUCAUCAGCGUUGGUCAUCGCAAGAUAGGAUUUCUUGUAUUAAAAAUAUUCCUAUUCUUUUUUUGUCUGGUCAAAAGGAUGAAGUUGUACCUUUUCAUCACAUGCUUACUCUUUAUCGUCUUUCUUCUGCAAAAAAGGUUUUAAAAGUUUUUCAAAAUGGGAAACACAAUGAUACGGUUAUUCAGCCUGGUUAUUUUGAAGCAAUUGCACAGUUUUUAAAAGAAAAUGGUUUAUCAUCUACUGUUCUUUGA